AGUUGGCAACGGUACAAAAGAUUUGUGUGUGAAAACAAGUACCUAAUUUAGACAAAUUAUUAUAUAUAUAUCGCGUAUGUGUAUAUAUGUAUAUGUAUGUAUGUAUGUAUGUACAUUCGCAGCAAUAAUUACAGCAAAAAGAAAAAAAAUAUGUGAUGUUAACGGAAUAGUAAGAAUGAUAAUCAGUAAAGAAAGAGAAAAUUUGUCGCCGUAGUUUUUCAUUGUGGGUGUUAUCGAAAUAAUAUUUAGAGAAGGGAAGAGUGAAGAGAAGAGAAGAAAAGAAGUCUUUAAGUAAAAAUAAUGGGAUUAGUCGGCUAAUGGGGGAAAAAGAAGACGAUGAAGAAAGUACAUGAUAUAUAUACAUAGAAUAAAAUAAAAAGGAGAAAAUUAUUUUUUCAAAAGAUAUUGUUAACGCCUAAGAAGGAAACUUAGUAAUGUAAAAAUUUGUAAAGAAUGUGAAUGUGAAAGAAAAAAUAUUAUAAGAGGUUCAUACGAAGGAGAAAUUUUUAAUGGACAGAUGCAGUGCCAAAUAGUGAUAAUAUGUCUUCUGUAUGUGGGGGUGGUGUAUGCACGUACAGAAGAAGAUCAACAGGCAUCGAGUGCUUCCAAUGCUAACGGAAUUACAGAAAUUUUUUCAGGACUUUCGGAACAAUGUUUUUAUCGACCCCCAACCGAUUGUCCUGAUUUAAACGUCGAUUGUCCUUGCAAGAGAAUUAGUUUAUCGCACAAUUACGAAAGUGACGCCGUACUUUGUUGUAAUUUAGAUAAUCAUACUUUCGAAAAUGGUCUUCAAUGCGUUGGAUUUCCAUCGAAUAUAUCUUAUGUUCAUAUUCGUAAUGCUACCUUGGAUGUAUUUGAUGCCAAAAAAACAAGAUGGAGAAGAUUAAAAUCACUUGCCAUAACCGAUGGAAGAAUUAAUCGUGUCAAGGGGCAAUUCCUUAUAAUGACACCUACGUUAUGUUUGAAUCUUUCAAACAAUGCUCUCAUCGAAAUAGACAAUAAUUCAUUAAUUAGAUUAGCACAGCUUACUACUUUGGAUUUAUCUUAUAAUAAUUUAACGCAUUUACCUGCAUUGAAUACGAUGAACGGUAGAGAAUUUUGGCUUGAUAUUUCUGGAACUAAUACUCUCUGGUGUCAUGACAUUUAUCAAUAUAUCAAUAAAACAGGAGAGAAACAAAUUAAUUUCAAUAGAGAAAAUGAAACGGUGUGUUCUGCGAGUAAAACAUGGCAUUGGUUUAAUACUACAGAACAAGUACCGUUGCAACAAGUGCGUUAUCUUAGUCUGUUGCAGACAGAGUGUCCAAAAGGUGAUACUUGGCAAUGUCAAUGUAAUUUUAGAAGAUUAGAUAUAGUUGAAGGAAAACCACCUACAUUAGCAGUAAAUGUAGAUUGCAGUGGUAUACAAUUAACAGAAUUACCGGAUAAAUUACCACGCAACACUAUAGCACUAAAUGUUUCUUAUAACAAUAUCACAGUAUUAGAUGAUUUGAGUACCAAUCCAUCUUAUGAAGAUAUACGUGAAUUUUAUGCUGACUAUAAUAACAUAUCAUCAAUCAAUAAAUUAGAAGGUUCCAAGUUUUUAGACAAUUAUGCAUUACUCAGUUUAAGAUAUAAUAAAAUUAAAUCGCUUCCAACUUAUAUUUUAAGUCUGAAUGUACAUGACAAAAGUUUUGGAAGUUCUCGAUUAGUUAAACUUGGUGGAAAUGAAUUGCAUUGUGAUUGUAAUACUGCUAAAUAUUUAAAGGUGUGGCUGCAAACACGUAUAUUAGAUUCAGAUGAAGUUUUAUGUGAAAAUGUAAAAGAAAAGGUGGUUGAUUUAGAGCCAUCAAAGAUGUGUGUCUAUCCUGGAGAUUGGACUGAUUAUAUUUAUUAUAUAAUUGCUACUGAAGUGAUAUUACUGAUAAGUCUAAUAGCUAAAGUUUCUUAUGAUUAUUGGAUAUUUAAAACUGCUGGUUACUUGCCAUGGCCAGCCAAUAAGAUGCCAAAGUUGCCUUGUGAUUGGCUAUGUGAAACAUAACAGAAUAUUAUAUUGAUAGUUAUAAAUACGUUAUUUUUCUAUUUCAAUAUAUUGAAAAGAUUAUAUAUUUUUUAUUAUUGGUCAUAUAAAAAUGUAUAUAUAAUCAAUAUCAAAUCUUGUUUCCAUGACAUAUAUUAUAAUAAAAUGAAAUUUGCAUAUUUAAUAUCUCUGAUUGAUAUAUUUAGUGUGAGUUUUUUGUAACUUUUUUAAUAUUUACAGCAUUUUUUUUAUGCAACUUUUUUGUUACAUGUUGCUUAUAUUUCGGUACUGUUAAUAUAGUAUCCCGUUCGGGAGCAGUUCGUUCAAGUUUUCGCCUUUCUUUUUUACUAUGUUUUUUCAUAGCAAGCAUAUAUUCUGGAACAUCACAACCCGAUGCACGCAUAACUGUUGCAAUACUAAUUAAAAAAAGAAAGAUGUAUAGUACUUUAUUAUAUUGCAAUAGUUUAAUUAAUAUAUUUAAUGGUUAAUAUAUUUAACUAACCUUCUCAAGUUUGUUGUAUCUUGUUCUGUAAAAAAUGUAAUUGCUUUUCCUUUAUGACCAGCUCGACCAGUUCUACCUAUAUAUAGAUAAUUAGUAAACAUUUGUAACUUUUACUUGUAACUAAUUUUUAUGAUUAUAAUACAAACCUAUUCUAUGUAUAUAUGAAAUAGUAGUUGGUGGAAAAUCAUAAUUAAUUACAAGAUUCACACCUUUGAAGUCAAUACCUCUACCCAUUAAUUCUGUACAUAUUAACACCCAUAUUUUUCCUUCUCUAAAGCAACGUACUACAUUAUCUCUCUAAAAUAAUUUUUAUAUACGAUAUUAAUAACGAUAAUGCCUUUAAUUUAUAUUAAAAAAUACUUUGUAUAAUAUUACCUGUGUCUGAGUUCGAUCAGCGUGAAUAACGUCAACAUUUAUGCCAUCAUAAAUAAGUUCACUAAAAAGUUCUUGAGCUCUUUCCUUGCUUUGUACAAAUACUAGUACUGGAGGUGCAAUACCCUUUUAAUUUAAAAAAAAAUUAUUUUACUAGUAAUAUUGUUGUAAGAAUAUAUGAAUAAGUAAUGUUAUAUCAAACUUUUUA